AUGAGAAUCUGCGCUAAAGAAGCCGUCAUCGUCAUCGAAACUACAAAGACAGUCAUAGCAACACCAACUAUCCCAACUCCAUCCUCUUACACCUCCCUAAGCGAGUUCAAAAACACAGUCCUGAAAGUAAGCAAUAAAUAUCGCAAUGUCCACGAUGCAGACGGGCUAGUGUGGAACGAAACAUUGGUGAAAUAUGCAAAAGAAUGGGCUGAAACGUGUAUCUGGAAGCACUCGGUAGGUUUACUUUAUUUCUCUUCCAAUCUUAAUAGAUCGAGACAGCCUCUUUUAACUCCUUUGCGUAUUCAGGAUGGGCCUUACGGUGAGAAUCUCGCGUUUGGCUACUCUAAUGCUUCGGCUGCUGUCAAGGCAUGGGGCGAUGAAGGGGAAUUGUAUAAUUUCUACAAACCGACUGGUUUUACUGAGCAGACUGGCCAUUUCACGCAGCUGGUGUGGAAGGAGACGAUGCAGGUUGGAUGUGCUGCUGUGAACUGUGGAUAUACUGACAAGACACUGGCCGAAAGAGAUGAGAAUGAAGACAAAGGGAAAGACGUGCUGGUUACUAGGGCUCCUGACGGUAGCGAGAGGGCUCAGGGUUGGUAUGUCGUUUGUGAAUAUACGCCGGCAGGCAAUGUGGUUGGAGGAGAAAACAAGUACUUCAAGUUGAAUGUAUCGCCGAAGAAAUACUCGGAUACAACAACUGAAUCAAGAGGAUCAACAGCGAUAUUGCAUAGUGGAGUGAGUUUGAUGCUGUUAGCGUUCGGGGUUGUAGGAGUUAGCAUGGGUCUCUAUACAUAG